AUGAAACUCUGGAUUAUUUUGCUGGCUGUUGCAGUCAGCACAGAAGAAAUGCCAAGACAGAACAGCUGUGUUGACAGAUAUCCUGGCAUUCCUGGGAACCCUGGACACAAUGGCUUACCAGGACGAGAUGGACGAGAUGGAACAAAGGGUGAAAAAGGAGACACAGGCGACCCAGGAAAUCCGGGAAUGUCAGGCCGAGAUGGCAUCAAUGGAAAUAAAGGAGAAUCAGGGGCUGACGGCAGAGUUGAAGAAAAAGGGAACAAAGGUGAUAAAGGAGAGCGAGGCUGGCCUGGGAAAUUCGGGCCAAAAGGAAUUCCUGGACCGGUCGGGGAUAAAGGUCAACAGGGGGAGCUAGGACCACAGGGAAGGAAGGGGAUAAAAGGGGACCUUGGACCAAUUGGCCCCAAAGGACAAAAAGGUGAAAUUGGAAUUCAAGGUGAAAUAGGAUUAAGGGGGCCCAUCGGUCCAAAAGGCCACGUGGGUCCUAAAGGAGAGAUAGGGGCCCCCGGACCAAAGGGCAGUAAAGGCAAUCAGGGAGAAAGGGGUUGGAAGGGAGCACAGGGAGAAAAAGGGAAUCUUGGCAGUACCCCAGUUAUUGCCAGAAGCGCUUUCAGUGUGGGCCUUACCGCUAAAUUUCCUCCACUCAAUGUUCCCAUCAAAUUUGAUAAAGUCUUAUACAACAGCUUCGACCAUUAUAGUACCGAAACCGGAGUGUUCACCUGCCAAAUCCCUGGGGUCUAUUAUUUUACCUACCACAUCACUGUUUUUUCAAGAAAUAUGAGGGUAGCUCUAGUUAAAAACGAGCACAGGAUGCUCCACACUGCAGACAUGUACCAAGGGGCCGAAGACCAAGCAUCUGGAGGAAUCGUCCUGGAACUUCAGAAAGGGGAUCGGAUAUGGCUGCAGUCUUAUGGAGGAGAAACUUUCAAUGGAUUGUUUGCAGAUCCAGAUGAUGACACCGUCUUCAGCGGCUUUCUUCUAUUUAGUACCUCAGAAGCACCAGCAUCUAUGGCCUCCAGCACAUAAACUGCUUGCUUGGUUUUGAAUAUGUCAAUUAUAUGGCACAGCUUAGU